AUGGAGCAGACGCCAGACAAUCCGCUGCUGUCAUCAAAGCCAUCCGACUCCGGAGUGACAGUCGCCCUCCAUCCUCUCGUUCUCCUCACAGCAUCCGAUCAGAUCACACGAAGUCGAGUACGAGGAGACAAGCAGCCAGUCGUGGGAGUCCUGCUUGGCCAACAGCGUGGUCGCGAGAUCACCGUCGAACAUGCCUUUGCUGCUGCGCUUGCUCCGGACAACGCUGGCUUCGACGGCGAAUGGCUCGAUACAAGAGUGACACAAUAUCGCGACGUACAUAAGGCGCCUGCUCUCGAUGUCGUCGGCUGGUUCGCCCUAGCACCCGAGAGCGGUCCUCUUCCCGAACUCGUACCUUUCCAGCGACACAUCACAUCAGUCUACAAUGACUCGGCUGUAUUCCUCGCCAUCCACCCAACCGCAUUCCAACAGUCAAGCUCAACAGAUCGGACCCUGCCUCUGACAGUCUACGAGAGCAUCCAGGAGUCAGAAAAUGCCAAAGACGAGAGCUCCAUGCAAGUCGACGGCGAUGACAGUUCAGGUCUCUUGUUCCGCACCAUUCCAUUCACGGUCGAAACGGACGAAGCCGAGAUGAUCGCCAUCAACUUCGUCUCCAAAGGCGCCGGAAGCGCAGCUUCCAUCACCGAUGCCACGAGCGCCUCCAAAUCAGACCCCGCCGCAGAAGACAAGAAAGGCAAGAAACGUGCCACCCGCAGCGAUACCGCAACAAAACCCACUUCCCAAUCCACUCUACAAUCCGCUCUCACAUCAGAAGAACAAGACCAAAUCGCCACACUCACUACCCGCCUAAACAGCGUCAAGAUGCUGCAAUCGCGCCUCUCACUACUCAACACCUUCGUCCGCGAUCUGCCGCCCUCUUACCUCUCCGACCCCACCCUCCCGAUCACGCCAGAAUCACCCUCACCAGACUCCCUCCCGCACCUCCGCAACCUGCAAUCUCUCCUCACCACCUUAUCUCUCCUCACACCAUCUUCGACUUCCACUGAGACCACUACCGAGACCGCCAACAGCGCUCAGCAGGACGCCCGUAGUGCCCAACGCAACGACGUCCUCCUAUCACAACUCCUCAACUCCCUCACCAAGGACGUCCAGGGUCUCCAGGAGCUCGGACGGACCUUCCAGGUCGUGGAGAGCGGGCGUGCAACCAGCAAGCGCAACAAGGGCCAGAGUGGGUCAUUCAUGGACGACAUGUUACACGAUCCCAUGAGUGUGCGUUAG